AUGGUGGCAGACCCGGCUGAUUGCGCUCCGUGCCCAUACGUGGCGGUAGGCACGUGGUGGCAGACCCGGCGGGAGUGCUGCGCGGACGGCGUGCACCGGCCGACCGUGGCCGGCAUACACGCCGGCCCCGACGGCGCCUACAGCAUCGCGCUCAGCGGCGGGUACGAGGACGAUGUGGACUGGGGAGAGUGUUUUACCUACACUGGCGAGGGUGGAAGAGAUCUGAAGGGAACAACUGCGCAGCCGAAGAACCUGCGUACGGCGCCGCAGUCGCGGGACCAGCAGCUGACGCGCGGCAACCUGGCGCUGAGCCGCAACGUCGAGACACGCACGCCGGUGCGCGUGAUCCGUGGCUACAAGCUGCGCAGCCCGUACGCGCCAGAGCAGGGCUACAGAUACGACGGGCUCUACUGGGUGGAGAAGUACUGGCUGUGUUCGGGACAGUCGGGCUUCCUCGUCUACAAGUACGCCAUGAAGCGCUGCGAGGACCAGGCGCCGCCCCCUUGGAAGGAUGUUUCUGGCGACGAGGCACUGCUGUCGGACGGCGCGGCGGCGACAAAGCGCUCUGCCGACGAGGACUCGGGCGCGGAGCAGGGCGACGGACCGGCGGCGGCUCGCCCGAACGGCGCGAGCCGAGCCGACGGCGACUCGGACUGAGCUGUGUGACGACUCGGGGCCCGGCUGAGGGCGAGGGAUGCCCGCCAUCAGCGAUGUUUGCUCGAUGAUAGCGCCGGGAUAUCGUCGGUCGUCCCGGGCCUACUACGACGUUGGAAGUU